CGAAACAAUGUACUAAUUCAUCAAAACACUGUAGCUAUAUGGGCUGUGUACUAGCAUAUGCAGUCAUGUUUAUGAGAAAAUGAAACUGAAAGAACACAGGUCGUGUGUCAUUUAUGAAUAUGGCUUCGAACUAUCAAGAUGAUUCGGAUGAAGGCAGCUACCAGCAGUCUGAAUGUCCCCCAGAGUUCAGUGACACUGACACAGACUCUGAGGCUGCCAGCGAUUCUGGGUCUGACACUGAAGAAGAUGCACAGACAUCUAGCAAGCAGGAUGUCUGUAUGCAUUACAAUCGUGGUCACUGCCGUUUUGGGGACAAGUGUAGGAAUGAGCACAUAUGCAAGGACUUCCUGAAGGGUUCGUGCAAGUUUGGUGCUGGAUGUCGUCUCAACCACAACAGUCAGAGUCCAUCUUCAGGACAGGGCACACGAAGAAACAGACCCUCAUCUGCAGAGACUGAUGAAGAAUUUGACGGGCCCUACAGAUGGCAGCUGAAUUUUAAAAGAGGCUGGGAGAACAUUUCCAAUGAUCACAUUCUAGAAGCCCAGUAUUCACUCCCCCACACUAAAGGAAUCGAGAUCUAUAACACCAAAGCUGGGGCUAUAUCAAUUGAUUUCACAAAAAUUAGAGUUCUUCGGAAAACAAAUAUUAAAGUGCGGCGUAUGAGCUCAAAGGAUACAGAAUGGCUGUGGUAUUACAGAUGUGACCAUGGCUGGUAUCAGUAUGGAGACAAGCGCAAAGCCAGUCCAAUUCAGAGCUCAGAACUGGAGACGGCAUAUCAAAACAACCGCAGUGGUUCAGUCAAGAUCACUGUUGACUCUACCCAGUACGAGAUUAGCUUUAAAGAAAUGUGUCAGAGAAAUUUAUCUACAGGCCGUAAGAAGCAUGUUAGACGACGCCCUAAAUAUGAACCAUCUGAAAGUGGAGGAUUGCUUGGAAUAACCUCACAACUAAGAAACAUUUUGAGCCCUUCAACAAAUACAACUCCAAAGUGGCAGUUUAAAGGAAGCAAUCAGUGGUACACCUUCAAGAACACGGGAGGUUGUUCAGUCUCAAGUGCUGACAUUGAGAAGUCUUACCAACAAAACCAAACGACCAUGAACUUCACUGUGAAUGAUGACAGUUACACUCUGGAUUUUGCAAAGAUGAGUCAAGUUAACCAGAGAACAAAGGCCAAACGCAAGGUCAGGCGUGUGUAAAAGUAAUAAGGAUGCUCAAGAAGAUCCAAACAAGCAAAUAAGAGUCCAAUUUGAGGUGGAAGUUACCAAACGUUAUUUAGUGAUUUUGAUGUGAAUGUUAGUGAUUCUGAUAUUGAAUGUUUAAUCAUCUGGAAAUAUUGUUCUAUUUUGGUAAAAUAGAAAUUCAAAGACUUUAUUCAGGUAUUUUGACAAAUGUUAAGGUAAUACAAAUGAUUUUAAAAGCUGCUUCUCACAUCAGCUUGAUGACACACGUCUGAAGCAACCUGAAGCAUUUUGUUUAUUUAUCUUAGAAUUUUAUAUUUUAAAAUGCUAUCACUUUUGGUUAUUCUAUAAUUACUCUUACUAGCCAAUGUGCCAUAAGCAUUAUACUGCUUAAUGUUACAAUAAUUUACAAUUAAGUGCCUGUAAGAAACUGCCUGAGAACCAAUGUUUACACACACUGCCUGUGAAAGUUUUUCCUGCUGGACAGUUUCAUUUUCCAUCUCUAGCAUUUAAAUAUUCAGAGACAUGUUCAAUGGAUUAAAAAAAAGAAAAGAAAAGAAAAGAAAAUCAGGGAUAUACACAGCAAUACUGUGUGAAUAUUGAGCAAUGUGCAAUACAAUCUACAAUAUUAUCCGAUAUACUAUGCAGCAUGUUUACAUUACAAUUCAUAAAAUGUACAAUCAAUCAAUGUUGCAUCAAAUUACUAAAUUAUGAUAAAACAAUAAAUUGGGUGUGAGUUUUAGUUACAAACUAAACUGUUUACUUAGAAGUAACAACAUACUAUGCAAAGAGUCUGUAGUAUCAUAUGGAUGCCUUUUUAUGUAUUACUUGAUGGGAAAUAAAUAAAAUAAAAUUAUAAAAUGAAA